AUGAAUCGCGCCCCUAUUGAACGUGAUAAUCGUCGACGUCGCAAAAAUCGUCAUUCAUCUCAAGUUACUCAGUCGACCGAUGAUAGUAUUGCUUUAAAUGAUAAUCAAUUAUUCCCGACACUGACUGUAGCAUUAUCGAAUAUUGUCCAACUACCACCAAAACCAGAGUCAUGCAGCGAAAUACAAAUCAUUAAUUCAACCGACACUGUCAAUGAUCAUUCGGUAUCAAAACCAAAAACGGCUAAAGAAGAACUCGUCAUUGAUCAAGUGUGCAAAAUCAUUUUGACAAUUCAUGCACGUCAAGAAUUUGUAUCAGUUCAACGUGUUGAACAAGAAUUAUUUGAAUACUUUGGUGUUCAUUCAUUUCGUGAACUAGGUGUUGAUCAACGUAAUCUUACACCAUUAACCAAUCUGAUUCAACGUCAUAAAUCUAUAAUACUUUAUAUGCAAAUCUUUGAAAGAGUUUUCAAUCUAUGUACUCUACACGAUCUUGAUCCAAUGUUAGCUAAAUUUCUUAAACUUCAAAAAUAUGAUGAUGCUCAUUUGGGUCCACUUGAUAAACAUCCUGAUGUCAAACGUAUAUUUCAAUACAAACGACCGACAUCAGGCAAUGCAAUUACUGAGAUUACAACGGGUAAUGUUAUAAAUGCAUUUCUUGACUUUCAGGCAAAAUAUCAUGGUCCAAUGCGUAUGCCAUUUGAUGAAUUUCUCGAAGAAUUAGUCAAAGAAUAUAAAUUAGAAAAUCGUGAGCAACUUGGUAUUUUCUGUCGAUCGUUUCCUUAUUUAACUCAGGUGACAAGAAAAUUAACACAAGAACAUCGAAUUCAUACUCGUCAAUCUGAAUUGAAUGCCCGAUCAAAUAUAAUACAAAUAGCUCAACAACGAUUUGUAGAAUUAAUCAAAGAAUUAAAAGAUGAAUUUCAAAUUUCAUUAGAUAAAAAGAAAAAGUCGUCUACGGCUGUUUUCGAUCAUCUUAUUUCAAUUGUCGAAAAAUAUUUGAUUGUAUCUGAACAACAAAUUGUUCGAGAUACAUUGAACAAAUUUCGUAAAGAUGAAUUAUUACAAUGUCUAUUCAAUGUCAGCAUUUGUCUGGGAACAAUAAAAAAACCUGAUGAAUUAAUGAUAGAAUUAAAAAAAUUCUAUCAAUAUCCAAUACUUAAUAGUUCAAUACAACCAACUACCAUGAAAACAUCUCAAUUAUCACAUACUAACCAAUUGUCUCAUAAUAAGCAACAUCAAUCGAUGUCGUUCAAUCAAAUAUCUCCAAUGCAAAAUACUGUAAUGCGUACGACUGUUGAUACAUCAUUUGAAAAUACAUUAUUAUCGUCAUCAUUAUCAUCAGUAGCCAAACCUCGGAUAACUCUUAAACAAUUAUGUAUAGAUCUUGGUCAACAUCUGAAACGUUACGAUAAUAUUCUGACUAUAAAACAAUGGAGUGAAGUCGAAAAAACAUUUUGUAGUCAGCAUGGAAUUGAAAAUUUCUUUGGGUUUUGUAUGAUCAAUGAAGACAAUGGUGGUCAUCUUCCACUUAGUCUAAUUUCAUUUCUUCAUAUGAAUCGUCAAAGAAUUGAUCCAAAUGGACAAUUAUCUGUGUAUGAAAAUGUUAUACCGACAAGUAAUCGACGAGAACUAUAUACAUUUGUCAAUCAACUUUUAAGAACUCAUGACAAUCGAGAAGAACAUACAAAUUCAAAUACAUCCACUGAAAUUUCUACAAACAGACCAAUUUGCUUCAGUGCGGAUCAAUUAUCAGCUAUUGAAAAAGGUAUUAAACAUAAAUUUGGCGGUUUGCUCGGUUUUCAAGGAUCCACUCAAAUUAUCAAUAAAGCAAAACAACAACAACAAACAAAUUUAAUGAUCUAUUUUGAAGAAUCACUUUUGGAUGUUGUCAGUUUAAAUCGACUCGACAUCUGUCCAUCGACCUUGCCCGUUGAUGAAGCACAACUUUGCAAACUUAUUCUUCAAUGUCCAAUUAUGAUUGAUCUUAAUACAUGGUUACAAUGGCUUUAUUUCUUUCAACCGAAAUAUGGUUCUCUAAAAAUGUUUAUUACUCGAAAACAGACUGAACUCGAUGGUCUUCUUCUAUUAGAAACAUCGACUCAUGAAUUAUUUCGUUUACCAAUCGAUUCAUCUUUGACACAUUUUGAACAAGAACUUGCUAAAAUGAAUGUACGAUCAGCAAUUGGUUAUCUUUGUACAUCAAUUAUUCUUGAACAUAUUCAAGUAAAUCGAUUACCAUUGAGUAUCUAUCGACAAGUAAUGCAUACAUGGUUUGUUCUACUUCAAUCAUCGGCUACAUUUGGACAUGAACCGAUUGAACCAAUGCAAUAUAUUCUUGAUUUUCUAAUCUAUUUACCAGUACUUAUUGGACAAAAAUUAAUCGUGCAAGAACUUGUACUUGCACCACUCGAUGACGUAUUUCGUAUGGAUGAUCAAGAUAAAAAAUUAAUUAAUAAUCGAGAGAAACUUUGGUCGUUGGCUAAUGAUAAACAAAAGAAUAAAUUGGAAAUCUGGGGUUAUUUGCUUGAUAUCAAAGAAUGGAGGAAUACAACAAAAUGGACGGGACAAACUCAAUCACAGAUCGAACCAACAAUAAAACAAUCGGUCAAAGUUUCAAAUACAACAGAAAUCACUGUCAAAGUUUGA